UUACUACUAAAAAAGACCACAAUUGGUCAAAAAUUGAGACCUUAUCAGAUGUGUGUAUGGAUGAGGAGCCAACACCUGAAAUUUGCUAGGUGAUAAACAUUUCUUGAAGAUUUACUGCUAACUGCACUACCACUAGAGCCAGAGGAUCAAACAAAUGACAGUUACUGCUUGUGUUCAGAGGAAAAACUUUAAGCAAAAUGAGUUUCAUCCUUUUAAACAGCUGUUUUCAGAAAGAAAGAUGGAAAGUGGUGCAGUUCUGCUACAGUCUAAAUCAUCGCCAAUUAAUCUUUUGAAUGAAAUGCAUCAAUUACGUCUUCUUGGUCACUUGUGUGAUGUCACUGUUAGUGUGGAAUAUCAAGGCGUACGAGAAGAAUUUGUGGCUCAUAAAGCUGUACUGGCAGCCACAAGCAAGUUUUUUAAGGAGAUGUUCCUUAAUGAGACGACUAUGGAUGGAACAAGGACAAAUGUAUAUUUAAAUGAAGUACAGGUUGUUGACUUUGCUUCUUUUCUUGAGUUUGUCUAUACUGCAAAGGUCCAGGUAGAAGAAGACCGUGUGCAGAGAAUGUUGGAAAUGGCUGAAAAACUGAAGUGUUUAGACUUAUCUGAAACUUGUUUUCAGUUAAAGAAACAGAUGUUAGAAUCAGUACUUUUAGAGCUUCAGAACUUUUCAGAGUCUCAGGAGCCAGGAGAGAAUAAUAACUCUCAAACAAAUGAUGUUCUACUUGAUUCUAAGUCGAGUAUAAUGGUAGAAGUCCCUAAUGCUGAUAACCUUUCAGGUUCUUCAGAUUACCCUGGAGAAAGAAAUAGCAAUGGUUUAAUACCACAGACACCACUGAGAAAGUCAAAGGACAAAGUAGAUAAGAAAAAAGAAGUUAUGAAACCUCCCUAUCCUAAAAUUAGAAGAGCUAGUGGAAGGCUGGCUGGUAGGAAGGUAUUUGUUGAAAUCCCUAAGAAGAAGUACACAAGGAGACUCAGAGAACAGCAAAAAAAUGCUGCAGAUGAUAUUGGGGAGAACAAAUCUCCAGAAGACCAAAGCAUACUUGAUGUGGAGAUGGUGAUAGAGCCAGUGACAAAAAACGUGGAGCCAAAGAAUGAGGAAUGUGAUGCCAGUUUUGAGUUAGAGGAAGCUUUGAAAAAAGCUGAGGAAGACGAUGAUAAGAAAAAGAGCAAUUUUAAGUGCACCACCUGUGAAAAAGAGUUUCUGUAUGAGAAGAGUUUCCUGAAACAUAUCAAACAUAACCAUGGCAUUGCUGCUGAAAUAAUUUAUCGCUGUGAUACCUGCAGCCAAACAUUUGCAAACCGAUGUAAUUUGAAGAGCCAUCAGCGCCAUGUUCAUAGCAGUGAGCGCCAUUUCCCCUGUGAACUCUGUGGAAAAAAAUUCAAGAGGAAGAAAGAUGUUAAAAGGCAUAUUCUUCAGGUUCAUGAAGGUGGGGGGGAGCGCCAUCAGUGCCAGCAAUGUGGCAAGGGCUUGAGCUCCAAAACAGCUCUGAGGCUUCAUGAACGGACUCAUACAGGGGACAAACCAUACGGGUGCACUGAGUGUGAAGCUAAGUUUUCUCAGCCUUCUGCACUGAAAACACACAUGAGAAUUCAUACUGGUGAAAAACCUUUUGUCUGUGAUGAAUGUGGUGCAAGAUUCACUCAAAACCACAUGCUGAUAUAUCAUAAAAGGUGUCAUACAGGGGAAAGACCUUUCAUGUGUGAAACAUGUGGCAAAAGUUUUGCUUCCAAGGAGUAUUUGAAACAUCACAAUCGGAUUCACACAGGAUCCAAACCCUUUAAAUGUGAAGUUUGCUUCAGGACAUUUGCACAGAGGAAUUCACUUUACCAGCAUAUUAAAGUCCAUACAGGUGAACGUCCAUAUUGUUGUGAUCAGUGUGGUAAGCAAUUCACGCAGCUUAAUGCCUUGCAGCGUCAUCAUCGAAUCCACACAGGAGAGAAGCCAUUCAUGUGCAAUGCAUGUGGACGGACAUUCACAGACAAGUCCACUCUACGGCGGCAUACUUCAAUACAUGAUAAGAACACACCAUGGAAAUCUUUCCUUGUUAUUGUUGAAGGUUCACCCAAGAAUGAAGACAGCCAUAAAACUGAACAAAUGGAUGAGGACUAUCCAUCUCCCAGAAUAUCAGAAAAGCUGAUCUCGUUGGCAGAAAGUGGCCCCUUUGAAAGCUUGACUGCAGUCCAAGGAACUCUGACUGCUUCACAUGAAAACAGUCCUCCCACAGAUCCAGACUGUAAAUCAGAUGAUCCUGCAGUCCCCCAGGAAGCCCUCAUAGCUACCACACUAAGUGAUCUUACAGUACUACAUACACAGACGGACUCAAUUCAGUCGUCACUUCAUGCUUUGUCAAACAUAGCAUGAUUGCUUCAAGUUUGCCAAGAAAAUCCAACGUAGGAGAGACUUUGCAUACACGUUGCCUGUACUCAAAACCAUGCCAAUAGCAUAGAUACAGAAUUUCCAGUGGGCACACAAAGAAAAGAUGGGCUUUUGUGAGUGACAUCCCCAGAUUUUCCUGAAAUCCCUAGUAGUUGCACAUCUUUAUCAAAACAUUUUUUAAAAUCUCAUUUUCCAAACCCUGAUCUGCAUGAUCUCAAAUAUACUUUUCCUCAACAGUUACGAUUCUACUUUGAGAGAUCUGAUGUAUUUAUGCGAAGGCUUGAUUAUUCUUAUUUUUUAAAAAAAGUUCAGAUAAGCUCUUUUGAACCUAGUUUUUACCCAUCAGUUACCAGUUCAGUUUCUUAAUUUUCCGUGAACAGGUCCUCCACAAUCUUCUCAUUGUCUGAAUCCACCUAAGCUUCUGUGUGGAUGUAUUUAUGUGAUAAAAAUACCUAAGGAUAUUUUUCCAGUUGAGUUGAUUCCUUGAUGAAAGAAUAUUGGGACCAUAUUUUGCAAAGUGUCUUCCCUGAUAAAUCAAGCCAAGUAAUUGGAGCUUUGGGAUCAUUGCAAUGCGAGCCUUUUUCAUAUUGAAAAAGUGUAUUGUUGAGCUCAUUUUUAACAUCACUUGGGCACAAAAAAGGACCAAUUAGGAAUUUUUAAUUAUAAACCCAAUAGUAGUCUCUUCACUAGCUCUACAAAUAAGACCACAAGUAACGUCAUUUCUGAAAUUCCAAGUGUAAUUGUUACCAAAGAAUCCAGCAGUAGAGCAGUUUUUUGUUGCAAGGUGCUUAAAAAUUAUACAAGAACUUGAGAAUUUGUUAAGGGCUGAAGCAGUUUGAUUCAUCCGGCAAGAUGUAGUGAUUGUGGGAAUAUUUGGAAUUCAUUGUAGUGAUUUUGGCUUAGAUAAAUUGUCCUGACUUGAUUUGUUGCCACUUGUUGAUGACAUAAUUAUCCAGAUUUUCUUAUUUAAGACCAGAAUUUUUUAUGACAAACAUGUAACACUAUAGAAUUCCAAAUAUACAUUUACUUGAGGUGUUGCAAAUGCCCCCAACUCAAAUUUUUAGUACUGAGUUGUAUUUUAAUAACUAAAAGAUUUUAGCAGGUAUUUAAAACUCCUAGUAUAAUCAUUUCAUUGCACUUCACAGAUGCUCCUGUUUUUCUUUUUGCAGUAUUCCUUGAGAAUCUCUUUUGUUGUACUUGCUGCUGGUGCUCUUUUAACUAACAAAUCAAAGAUGUACUUUGUCAAGUUUGAGCUCUACAGUACUAAUACAAGUGUUCCAGUUUUUGAAUUGGCUAUAUUUUGGUGAAGUACUUUGGUUUGGAUAUGGUCCUUGGUGUAAAUCCAUGUGUUCAUGUCAAGAAUUUUAUAGAACCACAAAAUAUUUUAGCCUAUCACUUGUGUUUCCUUUUAAGUUUUAUUUUGCUGAAUUUUCUAUGAACAAAAAUUGUAUGGGAUAGUAGUAUUUUCUUUUGUUUUCAUGAAACCACCGGAAAGUACUUUAAACAUGUAGGUUUCUUUGGAGAAAGUGUUCUGCUCUUCUUGCAGUAAUUUGAUCAUUUCAUAUAUUAGUGUCACACGUUUAAGCUAUUUUUAGUAAAAUAUUAAGUGACAUAAAGAGUUUCACCACCACAACUACAAUUUUAAAAACUGCAUUCUAGAUCUGUAUCCAGAAUAAAAAAUUUGCAGGCUGUUUCCCCCUCCUCGGGUUUCAACUUUUUUUUUUUUUAAUUUCUUGGAGAGAGGGAAAAACCUAACACUAACUUGCUUUUUCUUGAAAAAACCAGUCACUCAAGGAAUUUGGAUACUAGAUUUUUAUUUAAUGAUAGUUUGGUGGUCUUAAAUUUUUGUAAUUUUUCAAGGAACAAUAAAAUUUUACCUGUUCAAUCUUUUGAUGAAUGGAUGUUUAAGUUAACUGUGCUGUAGCUAUUAAGUUCUUUAUAUCCAGAACUUAAUGAAAUCUAGACUCAGAUAAAACCUGAGUAAAUCUAGACUCAGAUAAAACUUGAGUAGUUAUUGUGACUAAAGCACAAUCAACUAUCUUUAAUUGUGUAAACAAAUUUUAAAAGCAAGGAUCUGUAAGCUAUUUUAUGGUAUACUGUUAAAAUUAAAAUACUUUUAAAAUAUGUAUUAAAAUGUUAAAAGUGUUUUUUUAUAA